AAAAAGCCAAAAUCUCUACUCAGUGAGAUGAAUAGCUGAAUCUCUUCCCAUCUUUCCUAACUUUUACUCGCUUUCUAAAAAUUGAUCAACACCCACUUUCUUGACACUUUCCCACUUCCCUAAUCUGAUUAAAACCCCAGUUUCCUUUCCACAUUGCAGUUUUUGGGUAUUAACAUUAGUACUAGUUAUACAUCGUUCCUCUUGGAAAACCCAUCUCUUGAAAUCAUCUUUUGCAUUAACUGAUUGGUGUGGAAUUUGUUAGGAAAAAAAAGUUAGAUUUUUUUUAAAAAAAAAUUGUCUAGUUUUUGUGUUCAUCACCUCUGUUCACUUUCCUGUAAUAGCUUUUUACACGCUUUCUUGAGUUCUCAGCCUUUUUCCUGCAUUAUACAUAGUCUUAACCACAAUCUCACCAUUUUCGAACUCUGCUUGAAAUCAGGUGAAUCCACAACGACCCACUUUCUCUAAACCGUUUUUUUCUUCUUCCUUCCAGUCUUCAUUAGUGGGUUCUUCUUAUUUUCCCUCCUCCAUCUUUAAAAUAACCUAAUAUCCAAGUCCAGAAAUAAUGAUGAAAACUGGGAUUUUGUAUUGGGUUUUGUUUAUUGGGAUUUUGGGUUCCAUUGCUGUGAUUGAAGGUCUUGGUGUAAAUUGGGGAACAAUGGCAACUCAUAAACUGCCAGCUAGUGUUGUAGUUCAGAUGAUGAAAGAUAAUGGGAUUCAGAAAGUUAAGUUAUUUGAUGCUGAUCAAGUCACUAUGAGUGCUUUGGCUGGUAGUGGUAUUGAAGUAAUGGUUGCUAUUCCUAAUGAUCAAUUAACUGCUAUGAAUGAUUAUGAUAGAGCUAAGAAAUGGGUUAGAGCUAAUGUCACUCGCUAUAAUUUCAAUGGAGGUGUUAAUAUCAAAUAUGUUGCAGUUGGGAAUGAACCUUUUCUAUCGUCCUACAACAAUUCCUUCUUGAAUGUAACCUUCCCGGCCCUUCAAAACAUUCAGAGUGCACUCAACGAAGCUGGUGUAGGAGACAACAUAAAGGCCACUGUUCCCUUAAAUGCUGAUGUCUACAACUCACCUCCAGACCAUGAAGUACCUUCAGCCGGAGUGUUUCGUUCUGACAUUAGUGAUCUCAUGGCUCAGAUUGUUCAGUUCCUCCACAUUCACAAAGCUCCAUUUACUGUUAACAUUUACCCAUUCCUGAGUCUCUAUGCAAGUGGUGAUUUUCCAGUGGAUUAUGCCUUCUUUGAUGGAUUUAGCUCUCCAACACUUGACAACGGCAUUUCGUACACAAACGUCUUUGAUGCAAAUUUUGACACCCUAGUUGCUGCUCUAACAGGUGUUGGUGUAGGAGACCUGCCGAUCUUGGUUGGGGAAGUUGGUUGGCCAACAGAUGGACACAAGCAUGGAAAUUUAGCCUCUGCUGAGAGAUUUUACACCGGGCUCUUAAAAAGAUUAGGGGCCAAUCAAGGAACCCCACGAAGACCAGGAUUUAUCGAAGUUUACUUAUUUGGUCUGAUUGAUGAGGAUGCCAAGAGUAUUGCACCAGGUGAUUUUGAAAGACAUUGGGGGCUUUUUAGCUAUGAUGGACAGCCAAAAUUCCCUAUUGAUCUAUCAGGAUUAGGUCAGAAUAAAUUACUUGUGGGAGCACAAAAUGUUCGAUACUUGCCUAAAUCUUGGUGCGUGUUGAAUCCCAAUGUGAAGGAUCUUAACUUAACAAAACUUGGUGAGAAUGUCAAUUAUGCUUGCACAUUUUCAGAUUGCACGGCACUCGGUUAUGGGUCAUCCUGCAACAACCUGGAUGCUCAAGGGAAUGCUUCUUAUGCAUUUAAUAUGUAUUACCAAGUCCAGAACCAAGAAGAUAUGAGCUGUAAUUUUCAAGGUAUGGCCAUGCUCACUGAACAGAACAUCUCACAAGGAUCUUGCAAUUUCAUUAUUCAGAUUGCUUCAUCCAGUAUAGUAGGACCUUCUCAAUUCAUUACUUCAGCACUAGUUGUAGUACUAUCAUUGUUCUUGACAUUAUACUGAUUGGUGUUGUGGAUAUAUUUAGGUUUACGAUUUUUUAUUUGUUUAUUUUUGUCAAAUUCUUUUGUAUGUUUUUUAGAUAUUUUCCCACUCCUUAGAUAGAUUCAUUUAAAUAAAAAGUUCAAUCCCUCUGAUUCGCGCUGUUUGGCCUUUUUGCUUAUUUUUGUCCUCUUUGUUUUCUUGUGUUUUCAUGUAUUGUUACUGUUACAACAGCUACAAGAUUGUAUGCAAUGCCUUUUUCAUCCGGGCUAUGAAUUGGC